UGUCACUAGACUAGACCAAUCCCUUCAUCUUUAGUUUUAGUUCAAAAAAUAUAUAAGUUUCCUCUAUGAAAAAGAUUUCAAAUGAAAAAAAAUAAAAACAAAAUAACAUGUCUAUAAAAUUGAAGAACCAAUUGAAAAUCUUGUCUGGUUGAAUUGAAUCUUUUAACUUUAUUAGUUGAUAAUUUUAUUACAUAAUUACAAAUAACUCUCCCAUUUGAAAAUUGUCAUUAUGUUAGAAACAUUUUAUUCAAUCAAUACUUUGUGGGUGCAAUGUAUUUACAAUUAGCUUCCCAAUGAGGAUUUGGAUUCAAUUGUUCCUAAUUAAUGCAGAGGCAUGUCAUCCUCUAGUAACUAUUAUUCUAGUGGUGAGAGCUUUGACUUGAGGUAUGAGGCUUUGAAAUCUGAUUGUGGGCUAAGAGCUGCCAUAAGGGUUAUCGAGUCUGACAAGCCAUCUAAAGGGAGACUGUAUUUCAUUUGUGAGAAGAAAAAUUGUCAAUUUUGGAGGUAGUGUACCCCAAAAUCUGUGACGUUGGUAGAGAGGCUGAGGAACGAGAGAAUGCUUGAUCAAAAUCAAAAUAUGGAGACUGUAGGACUAAAAGUGAAGAACCAAAUGCUUGAGCAAUCCAAUGCUUUCAUGAAACAAUUUGUUGUGGGUCUGCUCAGGAUUUGUAUUGUUAUGUCAGUUGCAUUACUCUUCAAAUGAUGAUAGGUGCCGUUUAGAGAUACCCGGUGUUUUUGUGCUAAUGUAGAUACCAUGAACUAUUGUACUAAGCUUUGUACCUAAUGAAUGUUGACGUAGUUGCCAUGCAUGGUUCUUUUGUACUAAUCUAGCUGUUGUAAUGCAAGCACUGAUGAAUGAGUUUGUUUUAAAUUUUUUUUUUCUUUCAUAGAAUGAGUACCCAAGAGGAAACAUAAUCUGAAAAUAGGAAGAACAAGGGAAAAUCAAGUCAAGUACCAUCCGUUAAAGCUCAUUGGGAUGCAAAAUCAAAUGAAAUUUUUAUUAAGCUUUGUGUUGAGCAAGUGAAGGUUGGACAUAGACCUGGUACAUACUUAGAUAGGGACGGGUGGAAAAUGUGCUAACUAAGUUUAAAAGUAUGACUGGAAAAGCAUACCAACGAAUACAAAUGAAAAAUCAUUGGGAUGUGUUGAAAAAAGAUUGGCUCUUAUGGAAUACUCUGUUAAGGGGUGAGACAGGCUUAGGCCGUGAUACAUUGACUAGAGCUAUAUCUGCAUCUGAUGAGUGGUGGACCAAGAAAUUAGAGAGGUAUCCUGAUGCUGCUAAAUUCCGGUGUAUGCCAUUGCAAUUCACUGAAGGCUUAGACAUACUAUUCUCAGAUACAGCUGCUGUCACGACCCAACUCCAGGGACUUACGAAUGUUUUGCGAAGUUGGAAAGCAUCCCUGGUGUGUCCUCGGAUGAUGAGCUGUAUGUAUGGGCUGCCAGAUUGUUCUUACGAGACAAGCAUCGGGAGUGCUUCCUGACUCUUUCUACGAAUAAAGUUCGGUUGAGGGUUCUAAAGUUGGAGAUUGAGAUGGAGAAGACCACCAUAGGUUAUCAUGGCUAAUUGUUUUUGAGAUGGACUAUUGUAUUGAACUCAUUAUUUUUUUUCUUUUAUUAAUAUUUUGUUGGACUUUGAUUAAUAUUGACUAUGUUGGACUUUUAUUAUUAAUAUUUGGGUAGGUGGCAUUUUCUCAGUUAAAUGGUAGGUGAAUGGUUGACUUGAAUGUUAGUUGAAUGGUUAAAUGUUAGUUAAAUGGUUGAA